CAACACACCUGCUCCCUGCAACUCCGUAGGAGAGCUACCUUUGGUUUCUCAGCACGUUGGUUCAACGAGCGAUGGAGGAGUACGUCCUCCAGAACUUGGAGGAGCUGAACAGGGUGUUGGAAAGCAAUGCUGGUGACGAGAUGAAGGAGCUGACGCCUGACAUCCAGAGGGUCCCCAAAGGGCUAGCUCGCAUCGGCAGGGACGCCGCCGUCUGCUACGUCGCCCCAAGGGCCGUGCCGAUCGGCCCUUACUAUAGCUACCGCCACUCGCCGGAGCUCCAGUACAAGACCAAGAUCAUGAAGAUGGCGGCCAUCGGGUGGUUCCUGGGGAGGGCGGGCGGCGGCGCCCUCAGGCCCGAGCUCGUCGUGAGGGAGGCCUUCGAGGCCAUCGCCGCCCCGCCCAGCCCGCGGGGCUUCUACGACGAUCAGUUCGAGGACAUCGACGACGUGCACUUCACCAAGUGGAUGUUUCAGGACGGCUGCUUCCUGCUGGCGUUCAUGAUGGCCAUGGGGGGCGGCGGCGGCGGCGACGCUGCGCUCCAAGGGUUGACGACGGUCAUCUUCCAGCCGCGCAUAGACAGCAUCAUGAGGGACAUCAUGCUGCUCGAGAACCAGAUCCCAUGGCGGGUGCUCGAGGUCCUCAUGGGGUUCCUGCCCGUGCCAGUUCCCGUUGACAAGUUCCUCUCUUUGAUGGCAGCCAAGUUCAACGUCCGUACGACGAGUGGUGGUCACGAUCAGAGGGCCGCGGCUGGUCCCAGCAUCGCCGGCGACGAGCGCGGAAGGCGGCAAAAACCAAUGCAUCUGCUGGCUCUCUUCCGUGAGCACCAGGUGGUGGGUCUGCACCCUGCUGAAGACAACCGCCGCCUCAUCUCCACCACGCCGUCGGCCAACUUCAGCACCGCCAUGGAGCUCGCGGAGAUGGGCGUGCAUCUGGCGGCCAGCAAGACAGGGCGGUUCGGGGACAUGACCGUCGUCCAGCGCGGCCGGCUCUUCGGGAAGCUCUUCCUGGCGCCGGUGUUUUUGAACGACCUCACCGCCUGCUGGCUCGUCAACAUGGCGGCAUACGAGGCGAGCGCCGGCCGCUCGGGCGACGACUACGCCGUCAGCUCAUACCUCUACCUGGUGGCGCUGCUGAUGAACCGGGAGGACGACGUGCACCAGCUCCGCGCCAGGUGCAUCGUCCACAGCACCUUCAGCAACACGCAGACGCUCGAGUUCUUCAAGGGCCUCGCGCCGCACCUCCACUUUGGGAGGCAGUACGAUCGCGUCCUGCAGGACCUCUUGGGCUACAGGCGCGACAGGCCGGUCUUCGUUGCCGUUCACAAGUUUCUCUACAACAACUUCAAGACCAUCCUCACCGUCUUGUCCAUCGUCGGUGUGAUUGCGCCCAUCCUCCAGGCAUUGAUUCACCGUCAGAACUAGAUGCUUGUUCUUCCCUCGUGCUGGCCUCUUAGUAAUCAAUAUAAUUAGAUAUUAGAUAUUAUCUGCCUGGAUAUAUAUUACCCGUAAAGAAGAACCAU